AGCCCAGCCGCAGCCAGGACAGAGCGAGAGGAAAAGGAGCCCCCCAGCGCCCACCCGCCGCGGGAGCCAUGAGCUGGGGCACGGAGCUGUGGGACCAGUUUGACAACUUAGAAAAACACACGCAGUGGGGUAUUGAUGUUCUGGAAAAAUACAUCAAGUUUGUAAAAGAAAGAACAGAGAUUGAACUCAGCUAUGCAAAACAGCUUAGGAACCUCUCAAAGAAAUACCAGCCCAAAAAGAACUCCAAAGAAGAGGAAGAAUACAGGUACACAUCAACUCGAGCCUUCCUAGCCACUUUAAAUGAAAUGAAUGACUAUGCUGGGCAGCAUGAAGUCAUUUCAGAGAACAUGACCUCUCUUAUCACUGGAGAGCUAUCACGCUAUGUGCAGGAGCUGAAACAAGAGAGGAAAUCGCACUUCCACGAUGGCCGAAAGGCACAGCAGCAUAUUGAGACUUGCUGGAAACAGCUUGAAGCGAGUAAAAGGCGGUUUGAACGGGAUUGCAAGGAAGCUGAUAGAGCACAGCAGUAUUUUGAGAAAAUGGAUGCUGACAUCAACGUUACAAAAGCAGAUGUUGAAAAGGCAAGGCAGCAAGCCCAACUGCGACAUCAAAUGGCAGAAGACAGCAAAGCAGAAUACUCCUCCACUCUACAGAAGUUCAACAGUGAGCAGCAUGAUCAUUACUACACACACAUACCAAAUAUCUUCCAGAAAAUACAAGAAAUGGAAGAAAGAAGAAUUGUAAGGAUAGGUGAAUCCAUGAAAACUUUUGCGGAGGUCGACCGCCAGGUGAUCCCCAUCAUUGGAAAGUGUCUGGAUGAAAUAACGAAGGCAGCGGAAUUGGUUGAUCACAAGAACGAUUCACAGUUGGUAAUAGAAGCCUUUAAAUCAGGGUUUGAGCCUCCGGGAGAUAUUGACUUUGAGGACUUCACCCAGCCAAUGAAGAGGACUAUCUCCGAUUCCAGCCUUUCCAAUUCCAGAGGGGAUGGGAAGUCUGAGCCGAAGUUUGGUAGCAAAUCCAAGGGCAAGUUAUGGCCAUUCAUCAAGAAAAAUAAGCUUAUGUCCCUUUUAACAUCCCCCCAUCAGCCCCCUCCUCCUCCCCCUGCCUCUGCCUCACCCUCUGCUGUUCCCAACGGCCCCCAGUCUCCCAAGCAGCAAAAGGAACCCCUCUCCCAUCGCUUCAACGAGUUCAUGACCUCCAAACCUAAAAUCCACUGCUUCAGGAGCCUAAAGCGCGGGCAGACCCAGUCUUUGUAUUUUCACAAAGAACUCAUGAAGAGGACUUUAGGGACCCCCACGUGUGCCAUUGAGGCUAGGGAAUACGUUCUUUCUCUCAAGCUGAUAACUCUGAAUACACAGGUCUGGAGUCUAAUAGAGGGAGCAGGGCCAGAAGAUUUCAGCAAUCUCCCACCUGAGCAAAGAAGAAAGAAACUUCAGCAAAAAGUGGAUGAACUAAACAGGGACAUUCAGAAGGAGAUGGAUCAAAGAGAUGCCUUAACGAAAAUGAAAGAUGUGUAUAUCAAGAACCCACAGAUGGGAGAUGCAGCGAGCGUGGACCACAGAUUAGCAGAACUCGGACAGAACAUUGAAAAGUUACGAAUAGAAGUUCAGAAAUUUGAGGGCUGGCUGGCUGAGGUGGAGGGCAGGCUGCCCGCGCGGACUGACCAUGCCCGGCGCCAGAGCGGCCUCUAUGAGGCCCAGAACACGUCGGCAGUGAACAGCUGUGCUCAGGACCGGGAGAGCAGCCCGGAUGGCAGUUACACAGAAGAGCAAAGUCAGGAGACUGAGAUGAAAGUACCUGCGACAGAUUUCGAUGAUGAAUUUGAUGAUGAAGAACCACUACCCACUAUAGGAACAUGUAAAGCUCUAUAUACAUUUGAAGGUCAGAAUGAAGGAACAAUUUCUGUAGCAGAAGGAGAAAUGCUGUAUGUAAUAGAGGAAGACAAAGGUGAUGGGUGGACACGAAUCCGAAGGAAUGAAGAUGAGGAGGGUUAUGUCCCUACGUCAUAUGUUGAAGUCUAUUUGGACAAAAAUGCCAAAGGUGCUAUGACUUAUAUUUAAUACUACUGUUAUUAUGUUAUUUUCUUUCAGAGAUAUCCAAUCCUGUAACUGCUCUGUGUUGCAGAUAGAGCCUUUUAAAGGGCUGCACAGUGCCACAAAGUGCAUUAUUUUGUACACGGACUUUGUACUGCAAGACACGCUUUUUAUUGGUCAGAGAAGAAAGGAUAAUGUAAAAUUAGAGAGGAAAUGCAACCUUUUCUGGAGAGAGCUUGUUCAAAAGUAACUGCUAUUGCACAUCCACCUUGGUGCAGGAAACGCAGGGCUGUUUUGAAGAGCUGUGGGCUCCUCAUAUAUAUGUAGGUGGUAUCUUAUAGCUACUGCUUGUCUGUAUUCACAGCUGUCCCAAACUGGUUCUAUGGAAAGUCAUAUAUGAUAUUUAGACUGUUGGUUUGUGUUGCAGAGAAGGUAGCUUUGCAGAACCUGGUGUAUUCUGUGGGCUUUCUGGAUUGAAACCUGGUCAUCAUUUCAUUUCUUAGAAUGUGUUUGAUAGGAGAGAGAGAGAUCUUACCAAAACCUGUCUACACAGCACGUAAACUAGUGGAAUAAUGACAUUAAGGAAGAUUCCUUCUCUUUCCCUCCUUAAUACAUUUCAGAAAAUACUCUUGGGAAUGUUUUGGCAUUUCAGUUUAAAUACAGUUAUUUCGGAUGUGCCACAAGUGAUGGUUUCAUGUGCUCAUAUGCAAUCAGUGGAGAUAUUCUGAGC